UCUGUGGUGCAUUGUGUACCUGGGAUACAACAGAUCAUUGAUCACAGUAAAGAGCCAUUGACACAGGCUCUGUCAUGUGAUACGCUGUGCCCAAUCACAGGUGAUCACAUGGGACAUCUACACUGAUCAUCAGGGCACUGAUGAUCAAUGCCCUGAUGAUCAGUGUAGCCCCCAUCAGUGCCACCUGUCAGUGCACAUCAAGGCCACCUGUCAGUGCUCAUCAAUGCCACAUACCAGUGCCCAUCAGUGCACAUCAAUGCAACAUAUCAGUGCCUACCAGUGCAAACCAAUGCCACAUAUCAGUGCCCUUUAGAGCUGCCUUUCAGUGACACCUAUCAGUGCCAGUCAGUGACACCUAUCAGUGCCAGUCAGUGACACCUAUCAGUGCCAGUCAGUGACACCUAUCAG